AUGGAACCUGGACGAGACAGGAGUCAUGACUGUUUUAAAGCCGAAGAAGAUUGUAGCUCAAAAAGGCACAAAACAGGGGAGGAUUAUGCACCAUCUUUCGUGACAGAUCGGCCACUAUUACAAGCUGCGUCGUCUCAAGCUGAAUCAAAUGAGGAACCCCUCCAGCCUUCUAGCAGUUCAGUUACGAUUGAAAUGGAUGACCAGCCAGGACCAUCCAAUAUUCAAAUAUUACCUCAGAUUACUUUGCAGCCGGAAUCUAUUACCAUAAACACUUCAACAUCGGGUCAGAUUUGUGAACCACCUCAACAAUCUGCAACAGAUCAGGGUGAUGUAUCUCAGGCUGCCUCCGAGACCAUUAAUAGUGCCCAAGAACUUCAAUUUACACCAGUAAAGAUGAAUGCUUCAGCUGUGUUUAAUCCUGAAAUUGUAAAGCCUUUACCAAAGGCAUCCCCAAGAUUGCAGAUGGCUACAAAACGCCGUAUUAGAAAGACAGCUGUUUUGACCGACACGCCAGAAAAAAAUGCAUUAGCUGAAGAACAGGUAAAGAAGAAAUCAAGGAAAGACGAAGCAAUUAGAAACAAGGGGAAAGAAAAUAACAAUAAUAAAGAAAAAGGUAAAGGCAAGGGAAAAGCUCAAAAAAAACCUAAACGAAGAGUAUUACAAGAAAGCGAGAGUAAUAGUGAUGAUGAGGUUCUGGAAUGGUACUGCAUAAUUUGUUGUGAUUCAUAUUCAAAUUCACUACCAAGAGAAAAGUGGAUAGAAUAG